AGUCGGUGAGCUCUUCGGAUUUGUUUUCAGAGCGAUGCGUUUUGGGCGUCAUGGACUUUUGGCUACUUUCAAGUAGCGGGAAAAUGUUAAACUCAGCGCAGGACCUUAAAUUGGACGUGGCCUCGAUUGACUCAUUUACCAGUACGGUAAAACAAGCGACAUAGGUAGCUAAUCCGGGUAAAUAAGUAAUCCCCGUGGGUUAAUCCAUUUAUAUUUGUCUCGGUCAAAUGGAGUCGCGUAGGUGUGGGAAGGAGCGUGAGGAGAAGGAGGAGGAGUUCAAGCGGUGAUUAGCCGCAAUUAGUACCGUGGCGGCGGGCCAGUGAAAGGUGGGUAAAGUCCACUCGCUCCGCUCAAGCAGCCGGGGCAGAGAAUGCCUUCUGAGGCUGACGGCGACCAGGAAGAAGCUGUAACAGCGACGACAUGGCCUGUUGUCGGCGGAAGCGACUGAAACUUUUCGUCAGCGGCGCCGCCUUCUUGGCUGUUCUUUUUGUCUACUUCUCCGGAGGAGAAUUUGACGUUUCCCACCCCGCCGCCGCGGAGUUUUCAGACCAAGUGGACUUAAAGAGGCCGGUGUACGAGAAGCCCCCGCUGGUAUCGGACGCCCCCGGGGAGCUGGGCAAGGCUGUGGAGUUGGAGCUUAACGACGAAGAGAAGCUGAAACAAGAAGAGAGCAUCAACAAGCAUCAAAUCAAUAUUUACGUCAGUGACAGGAUCUCACUGCAUCGCCGCUUGCCGGAAAGGUGGAACCCGCUUUGCAGAGACGUGCACUACGACUACCAUUCCCUGCCGACCACCUCGGUGGUGAUCGCUUUCUACAACGAGGCCUGGUCCACGUUGCUCCGAACGGUCCACAGCGUCUUAGAGACAACGCCGGACAUUUUACUCAAAGAGUUGGUCCUUGUGGAUGACUACAGUGACCGAGAUCACCUGAAGGAGCCUUUGGAGAAGUAUCUGUCCAAUUUGCGGAAGGUGCGACUGAUUCGGGCCACUAAGCGGGAAGGCCUGGUGCGAGCCCGCCUCUUGGGGGCGUCCGUCACCACUGGCGAUGUUCUGACUUUCCUGGAUUGCCACUGCGAGUGCCACGAAGGCUGGGUGGAGCCUCUUCUCCAAAGGAUCAAGGAGGAGCCGAAGGCCGUGGUGUGUCCCGUCAUCGACUCCAUCGAUUGGAACACCUUCAAAUAUCUCGGCAACCCUAACGACCCUCAAGUUGGCGGCUUCAACUGGGGGAUGGUCUUCACGUGGCACUUCAUCCCCGAACACGAGAUGAAACGGCGGCGUUCGCCCAUCGAUGUUGUCAGGUCUCCCACUAUGGCCGGUGGUUUGUUUGCCAUCCUUAAGAGCUACUUCGCCUACUUGGGCACGUAUGACACGGGAAUGGAGGUGUGGGGAGGAGAGAACCUGGAAUUCUCCUUCCGGAUUUGGCAGUGCGGCGGCAGCCUGGAGGUCCACCCGUGCUCCCACGUGGGCCACGUGUUCCCCAGGAAAGCGCCUUAUUCGCGCAGCAAAGCGUUGUCGAACAGCGUGCGCGCCGCCGAAGUGUGGCUAGACGAGCACAAAGAGAUCUACUACCACCGAAACCCGCACGCCCGAAGGGAGUACUUUGGCGACGUGUCAGAGCGCCGCCAGCUGCGAGAGAAGCUCGGCUGCAAGAGCUUCAAGUGGUACCUGGAUAAUAUCUACCCCGAGCUUCACGUCCCGGAGGAUCGGCCCGGUUUCUUCGGGAUGCUGAGAAGCGGAGGAAAGGCCAACCUUUGUUUUGACUACAACCCGCAAGGCGAGAGCAACUCCUUCGGCAGAAGAGUCACUCUGUACCGAUGUCACGGGAUGGGGCAGAACCAGUUCUUUGAGUACUCGUCGGAAGGUGAGAUCCAUUACAACAUGAGGGGCUCCACCGCCUGCGUAGAAGGAGACAACAUUAGCACCUAUUUGACAGUUCAGGAGUGCAGCCAACGCGGCAAGCCUGUUCUCGCGCAUCAAAAGUUUCUCCUCAGAGAGGAUGGCAGCCUGCUGCACGUGGCAAGCCAGAAAUGCGUGGAAGCGCUGGCUCUGACGGACGACCACGUGCCGGCGCCUUCUCUGCAGCGUUGCUCCUCAAGCCCGCUCCAAAAUUGGUCCUUUCAAGAGAGCCUUUAACGGUACAAUUGCAAUGGUUUGGCAUCCCUUGGUUUUUGUUUUGCACAUUUUAAUGAGUUAUUAUUGUGGAUUUGAUGGACCGCAACAGGAUGGUCAUGACCAGUGCGUUCUGAAGGGAAUAUAUUUAUUUUAGAAGCAGCCUUAUGGAAUUCAUUGUUUUUCUAAUGAAGAAUAUGCAGUUUGUCCUGCAGAGGGCACCCUUGCUCCAUCCUCAGGCUGAAAAACCAGGGAUGCCUUCAAGUGGGAAUGAUGACACUGAGAGCAAAACAUUUUUUCCUCCCUUUUGGUGUGUACAAGGGUUAAACUGAAGAAAACUUUCUCUAAUACCUGGUAACUUUUUAAAAAUCCUUAUUCUAUUUAGCCCGACUUCUCUAAUUUUACCCCAUUUUUUCUUUCGUUGUUCUUAAAUAUUUUACAUUUUUGCUUACUCUCCGCCAUUUUACACCAUUCAGCUUUUCUUUCAUGUUUUCAUUGAUUUUCCUUAAUUUUUGUAAUUUUUUUCACUGUUUUCUCAUUGGUUCUUGCUUAUUUUGUAGUUUCUAAAACAUUUUUAUCUGUUACAAAAAAUCAUUUUCUUUCCUAGUCAUUUUUUUCUGCAUUAUACUUGGUGGCAUUAGCGAUGAUAGACAUCCAAUCAUGUGGCUCCUUUCAUCCUUCUGCUGUGAAUUUGAGAUUUUGAGUUUGUCACUAGUAGACGUCCAAUCCAUUUGCACAGGAAGGCCCAGCAGCGAACGGACACUCCUAGUUGAAAUGGAUUGGACGUCAAUCGCUGUUAAUGGCAGCCAAUGAGUUACGACUGAAACAGUAGAUACAUGUCAUAACUUUUUCCUAUAUUUGAAGUUAGGGCAUCAGAAUUCAAGCAAUAUACUAUUGACUACUACUUCAACCAGAUGAAUCCAGACUACCAGCAGUUCUAGAGCAUUUUGACUGUUUUUCAACCCCCACAGAAUAUUGUGUUCUGUGACGAGCAACAAAUGGACUUUUUGUUUCCAGACACCAAAAGGUUGUUUCUAGCUUUUGUUGUUUUUUAAAAUUUGUAGCCAAAACUGGUUGGUUUCACCAGAAACACUGGUUUCCUAAUAUAAAAGUGAAGAAAUUCAUAUUUGUAAAAUGAAAGUGACUUUGACGCAUAUACAGUGGUAUGAAAAAGUAUCUGAACCUUUUGGAAUUUCUCACAUUUCUGCAUUAAAUCACCAUCAAAUGUGAUGUUCUCGUUGUCAAAAUCACACAGAUAUAAAAACUGUGUGCUUUAACUAAAACCACCCAAACCUUUCCAGGUUUUCAUAUUUUAAUGAGGAUGGUAGGCAAACAAUGACAGAUGGGGUUAAAAUAAGUAAGUGAACACUCUGCCUAAAGAGAGUUAAAGAGCAAUUGAAACCAAUUUUACCAAACAAUUUAGGGGCAGUUUACAUGGCGACUCUGCGACACAAAGACUGAGUAGCGGACUCGCCUCGCGUGCAUAUGGUGUCGGCUGCUUCUAGUGCAGCUUAGACUAAACUGUGAGUCUACUCCGACUUCAACUGGCCUGACCAUAAGCUUUGUCGAAUAGGAACGUUUUUAAUCUAAUCUUAAAUGUGCAGACUGUCUCGGCUUCUUUAAUAUUAGCUGGAAGCUGAUUCCAUAAAACAGGCGCUUGGUGGCUAAAGGCUCUAGCUCCGACAGUACUUUUAGAAACCCUGGGAACUACCAGUAGACCUGCAUUCUGAGAGCGGAGUGUUCUGUUGGGGCGGUAUGGAACCAGAGCAUCGGUGAGAUAAGAUGGUCCCAACCCAUUAAUAGUCUUAAAUGUAAGAAGGAGGACUUUAAAUUUAAUUCUAAACUCGACUGGAAGCCAGUGAAGGGCCUGGAGCACAGGGGUGAUGUGCUCUCUUCUAUUGGUUCCUGUUAAAAGUCUUGCUGAUGCGUUUUGGACUAGCUGAAGACCUUUUAGAGAACUUUUAGGACAAGCUGAAAGUAGGGAGUUACAGUAAUCCAAUCUCGAUAUAACUAACGCGUGAAUUAAUUUUUCUGCAUCGCUUUUAGAGAAAAUAUUUCUCAUUUUGGCUAUGUUGCGCAGGUGAAAGAAGGCAUUGUUGCAUUAAAAUAUGAAAACCUAUAAAUGUUUCGGUGGUUUUAGUUAAAGCAGUUUUUUCAUCUGUGUGAUUUUGACAAAGAUCAGAUCACAUUUGAUGAUUUUAUGCAGAAAUGUGAGAAAUUCCAAAAGGUUCAGAUAAGUUUUCAUACCACUGUAUAUCGUUUAUUCUUGUGAUACCUCACAGUAGAGUUGUCCGAUAUAUCUGCUGAUAAAAGCAUUUAAAAUAUUUAAUUCGAUUUAAUGUACAAGCCUAUAGCAUUGGUGCAUGGGCUGGUCAUAGCUUAUCAUAGUAGCUGUGCUUAGUGACCUUGAGAUGUCUCCAAAAUAAGAUGCUGUGGAUUUGUUAAGCAAGCCAAAACCAUUUGCGUUCAUGGUGCACAAAUAAAAUGACCAAAUAUGAAUGAUAAACUCAUCAAUCACGUAUAACUACAUCACCAGAAGCAAAUAGUCCCUAAGAAAACAACACAUAAUUAUUUUUUUGCAAAACCCCAGAAAAAUUAAUCUUGCAUUGGCAUGUCCUCAGAAUGCCUGCCUGUAUUUGUAAUGCUUUGGUCACCCCCUUGUGGCUCUUUGGACUAACUAGUAUAAUCGUUUCAUUUAAUUUGUGACAUUUUGGCUCAUUUCAGUUGAUUUUAUUUAUAUAUUAAGUCCACGGCCGAUUAUCGGACAACCCUCACUAUAUAAAACACCAAAACAAAAAUGAGAAAGGGCUUUGAAUGGCAAAAGAACUGUUUCUUUACGGAUAUAUAACAAAGAACUGUGCCACGAGCGACAGCGUCUUAUUGUCGACAACAAAAAUGUAGCAUGUGGAGCAUCUGAAGCCACGGUCAAGCUUGUGACCGAGUGCCCCGAGGCGGCGCCGCCGGUCCCGUUGUGAAAUGAGGCCGGCGUCGUCUCUGGAGAGCCAGCACAGCAGAUGGACUGUCUGAUUGAUAUUUUUUUACACCCCCAAAAAAUGCUUCACUUCGGCCUCGUCCGGCUUAGGUUUUAUCUUUACGACGCAUCAAGGACGGGACUCGCAUCAUGCUUUUUAACGGUAUGGAAGAAAGUUGGAUGACCUCAUCGGCGUUCACCUUCACGGGCCUUGGAGGAACUUGCAUACGCCGCACUUACGUUCUUUGCAAUUGAUUGUGAAUGUUAAAUCCUCAGUUGCAGUGAGAUUAAUGACUGGGUUCGAAAUGUUUUUAGCAGUGAAGCACUUGGGCUAAAAGUUGGGUAUGUUUGCUUUUUAUGUGCUCAAAGGCAGCCAAGAAAGAUUAAAAAGGGAAGGACACAUAGAUUACUUAUUUUUACAUCUACAAAUGUUAUUCAAGUGCUGGAAUGUGAAUUCAGGAACCAUGGUGGCCUUAUGUCCUACUGACAAAAAAGCCAGUACUGUUGCAAUAAAUGUGGAACUCA